CCCCUCCCCCCUUCACUUUCCCGCUUGCCGCCCUGCCACCUUUGGCUGCCUCUCUCCGGCCCAAGGUCGCUCCGCACCCUUGACCCUGGUGCUGUGCCAAGAUGCGACCCCACCGGCAGGCCGCACAGCGGCCAGUCCAACAGCCGACCCCCUUGCGACAGAGCCAGCAACAUCUCACCGCGCACUUGGACUAUGUGGCCGAUCUGGAUGAGAACUUCCUCCGCCCCUACAAGCCUGGGUCCAUUCUGCGGGUCAUCUGCCAGAACUUCAUCACCUAUCGGCAUGUGGUGUACACCCCGGGGCCGUAUAUGAACAUGAUCGUCGGGCCCAAUGGCGCUGGCAAAAGUACCAUCACCUGCGCCAUCUGCUUGGCAGCCGGCGGCAGCCCCUCGCUCCUCGGCCGGGCCAAGGAAGUCCGAGACUUCAUCCGUAAUGGCACGCCGGCCUCCGAGACGAGCUUCGUGGUGUUGAUCUUGCGUGGCCCGGUGCCGAACUCGAAUGCCGAGGGCAAUCCCCCGGCUGUCACCGAUGCCACCCAGGCAAUUGCCAAUGUGCUUGGCCAGCCCUUUGUCACCAUUUGCCGGACCUUCAGCCAGGAUAACCGCAGCGAGUACUUCAUCGAUGGCGUCCACAUCCCCGAGCGUACCUUCUUCAAAUUCAUCGGACGCUUUCGCAUCCACAUUGACAGCCUGCUCCAAUUCCUCCCCCAGGAGAAAGUCGGCGAGUUUGUCCGGCUUACGCCGGAGGAAAUCCUGCUGGAAACAGAGCGGGCCGUCUCGCCGGCCGGUCUUCAUGCCCCCCACCUGGCUCUCAUUCAAGGCAGCCGUCUGCUCCUGACCCUUGACCAGGAGCUGGAGCAGCUGAACUCUCGGCAUCUGCAGCUGGAGUCUCUGCGGAGCAGUCUUUCACCGAUCGUCGAGCAGUACCGGCUCUAUUUGGAGAAGCGCCAGGUCCGGCAUCGACUGGAGGCACUGAUCUUCUAUAGUCGCAUCGCCGAGCUCAAGAUCGACUUGCAGGAGAUCCUCGGUCGAGUGACUGAUCGAGAGGCGUCACUCUUCUCAGCACGCCGACACAUGGACGACAUCGGCCGGCGGGUGGGUGAAUUCCAAACCAACAAGGAGCGCGUUGCGGCGCACCUGUCACGCGGGCAAAAUAACAUCGUGCAGAUCCGGGAAAAGCUCGGCCGCUUGACGCACAGCGUGGAUGCUCGGUCGCGCGACAUCAACGAGGCCAUCGCCGAGUUCAUCCGCCUGCGCAAGGAGAUGUCCCAGACCCAGGAAAAGGCGGCUGGCCUCACCCGGCGCAUCGAAUCCCUGCAGGCCGAGUACCAGGUCCAGGUUGAUGCCCAGGCCACGGUCGCCGAGAAGAUCCGGCAAUUGGGCCAUCAGGCCGGGGUCACGCCGGAAUCCCGCAUCCAGGCGCUGCAGAUGGAAAUUAGCCGGCUACAGAUUGCUGGUCGGCAGUUGGCCAACCAGCAAGAGGAGCUGAGCCAGCGUGCUGGCCAGCCUUUGCGCGACCGGCAGCGCCUCUUCCGCGAAGUGGCCAUCUUCCAGGAUGUCUUCGGUGUCUAUGAGUGGGCCAAGGCCAAUCGGGACAAGUUCAAGGGCGACUUCGCCGGGCCGGUGGGCUUGGAGCUGACUCUCCGGCAGCCGGGCUUCGAGAAGAUCAUCGAAAUGUUGAUCCCUGUCCGGUUGAACAUGGCCAUCAUCGUCUCACAUCCUGAUGACUUUGCCCUGGUCAAGCGCAUGUCCGCUGGAAAGAGCGUCAACAUUAUCCAGGUGCCGGAAAACCGUCCGGCCGGGCAAUUCAAUGCCCCCUACCCGCCGGACGUCCUUCGCCGGCAUGGAUUCACCUGCCUGGCCAUCGAUGUGAUUGAUGCGCCGGACUUGGUGAAGUUUGUCCUCUGUGACUCGCUGGAGUUUCACCGGAUUGCCAUCUCCCAUGGCAAUGUCGAUACGGUUAGCGCCAUGCGGCUCAGCCUCCACAGCUGGGCCACCAACUCAUCCAUCAAUCGGCCCUUCUUUUCAAACUACUCCGGCUCCAACAUGCCAGUGGGUGUGUCGUCCUUGCCACUCCGUGAGCCACGUUACAUGCGUUACGACCCGCCGCAGGACUUUUCGCAGAUGCUUGAGACGGUGCAACGCUCGGCUGCCGAGAAUGCCGCGCAGUUGCAGCGUCUUCUGGAGGAGGAGAACACUGUUCGGACACAGGCCUCCACAUUGAGCUCCUAUGCCAGUGCCCAGCGCCGGUCGCAGGAGAUGCAGCAGCUCAUCCAGCAGGAGAUCCAAAAAUGCCUCGCUGAGCGCGAGCAGAUUUCCAGCGAUCAAUUUACCCAGUCGAUGAACGCUCGCCUGGCCCAGUGUCAAGAUCGCGUGAAGAAUAGCAUGAGUUCCCAUCUGCUGAUCGUCAACAAGUUCAAUAAAUACAUGAAGCUCUUCCGUGAGGCACAGAACUUCCUCAUUCGCUACCAGCUCUGGGCCAGCUUCCAGGAUGACAACAUCCGGCAGAUCCAGCCCGAGGUGAAUGCCGCUCAGCGACAGAUCGACACGAUUGCCUCUGAUGUAGCCGUCUUGCGCGAGCGCAAGGACGAAAUCGAAGGCCAGAUGAUCGCCCUCUCGCAGGAGUUCACCCAGAUGAGUGGCACCGCGCAAAUCGUCCCGGCGGACAUUUCCACCAUCGACGCCAAUCCGGCGCAACUCCGCCAGGCCCUCCAAUUGGAGCUCGAAGAGGCCAUCCAGCAGAUGGACCAGUUCCGGGUGGCCGAUGGCGAGUCGAGUCUGGAGGAAUUUGAGCGGACUCAGCACACGGUCGAGCAGCUAAAUGAGCGUCGCAUGCUGAAGAUGGAAGAGCGCCAGCGCUUGGCCGCCAGCAUUGCCACCGAUGAGGCCGCCUGGGUGGCACGCUUGGAGGAGGUUACUCAGCGGGUGAAUGUCAACUUCUCGCGGUUCAUGUCCCAUCUCGGGAAUGUCGGCGAAUGCGUGCUCGAGCGUGUUGACGGCAAGUACGACCAGUGGCGCAUUGUCAUUCGCGUGCAAUUCCACACCUCUGGCAGCCUCGAGGUUCUCAAGGAGAAGCAGCAGUCUGGCGGUGAGCGUGCCGUCAUCACGAUUCUCUACUUGAUGGCUUUGCAGGAGAUUGCGUCCGCUCCUUUCCGGGUGGUCGAUGAGAUCAACCAGGGCAUGGACUCGCGCAACGAGCGGGCCGUGCACGACAUCAUCGUCAGCGUGUCCAAGGCAACCAAUUCCUCGCAAUGCUUCGUAGUCACACCCAAGCUCCUGACCGGGCUGUCAUACGGCCCGGAGGUGAAUGUGGCUUGCGUGUACAAUAGCCCCACCAUCCCGGCACAUGCGGACUGGGUGCCCACGUCGUCCUUCAUUUCGCGCCUGGUCCAUGCCCGGCAUACCCCCAGCGCCGAGGGCAUCAACCAGAAUGUGGCUGGAUCCCUGCGGAGCAUCAUUCCAUCGGAGUGACUGCCACGAUCGCAGUGGUAGCGGCCAUGGCGGGGUAGUUCCUGUCCUGGACGAGGCACACCGGGUCGGCGGGUGACGUGCGCACACAUGACCACGCGCAAAUGCACAUGCAUGUGGGCUACCUUCCUUUGGAUGGCGGCCCGACGGUGUCGGUUUCUAUGGUCGUGGCAUUCCGCCCGGCCUUCUCGGCCGCUCUGAUACACAAUAGACGCGAUCAUUGGAUUUCAUUCCAGCCCCCCCCCCCC